GGAACAUUGCUGAGUUUUCUUAUAUAUACUAUAACACUGCGCCGCAAAACUAAAACCCUUGUUCCAUCAUCAUGUUUCAUUUCUAUCGCAGAGCAAUACUCUGUCAUAAUCUCAGAUUCAAAACCCUAAAGCCCUCUUCAUUUCUUCUUCUUCAACCCUUUUGUUCAUCUUCAUCUUCUUCUUCUUCCCAAAAUCACACUUUCACAAUCAACUACCUCAUUGAUCUUGGAUUAUCCCCAAAAUUAGCUGCAAAACUUUCCACCCGAGUUCAUUUCAACGAUUCCCAAAAUCCCAAUUCAGUCCUUAACCUAUUCCAAUCUUAUGGCUUUUCAAAUUCCCAAUUUUCAUCCAUCAUCAAAAUCUGCCCAACUCUUCUCGUUUUUGAUCCCAACAAAACCAUUCUCCCCAAAUUCAAUUUCCUUCUCUCAAAGGGUGCUUCAAAAUCCGAUCUUGUUCACAUCAUUACUCAAAAUCCAAGAUAUUUAUAUCAAAGCUUGGAAAAUUCUAUCACCCCAUCUUAUGAUUUCAUCAAAAGUUUCUUACAGUCUAAUAAAGCUACCAUUGCCUCUAUCAGACAACGACCUUCUUCGAUUAAUAAUCGAAUCUCAUCUCAGAAUAUUCAAUUUUUGCUUCAAAAUGGUGUCCCUCAAUCAAAAGUUGCGAUUUUGUUUAAAGAUUGGUAUUUCACACUUACUCAGAAUCCUCCAAUUUUUGAGAAGGUAGUGGUGGAACUAAAGCAAAUAGGAUUCGAUCCUAAAACGACGUUUUUCAUUACCGCUUUGCGUGCUAAGAGUUUGACAUCUGCUUGGCAAACAAAGGUUGGUGUGUAUAAGAAAUGGGGUUGGUCUAAAGAAGAUAUUGUUGCAGCAUUUUUGAAGCAUCCAUGGUGUAUGUUGGCUUCUGUGGAGAAAAUUAAUGCAGUGAUGGAGUUUUUUGUGAAAGAGAUUGGUUGGGAGUCUACUGAGCUUGUCAAACAUCCGAUAAUUAUUAUGCUGAGUUUGGAGAGAAGGAUUGUUCCUAGGACUUAUGUCUUGAAGUUUCUUGAAUCUAAAGGUUUGAUUGAGGAUGUUAAAUUGGCUGAACCUUUCAAAGUAACUGAGGAAGUGUUUUUGAAGAAUUUUGUGAAUUGUUUUAAGGAAGAAGCUUCUCAGCUGUUGAAGUUGUAUGAAGAGAACAAAAAAGAUGUUCCAGAUAGGGUUUUCAAAAAAGGUUCGCCACCAGGACCGUGGAAGGGACGUAAAAAGGUUCGCGACCAGGACCACGACGAAGAUGUGACUACAACUUAGAACCUUGUUUUGAAGAUAGCUUAUGCAAGUGGUGUCUCGUGUCUAUUUUAUUUGGUGACUAGUGCUAGUAUUAGCUUACUAAAUUUUAGUUACUUGAUCAUUUGCAAGCAAGAUGAGUUAUAUGUUUUGUUACAUGGUGAUGUCUCUAUAAAUAAGGUUCUUUGGUAGUA